GUCCUUUGUAGCGGCCGCGACUGGUUACCGUCAUACAGCUGCGACACUUUGCGAUUCCAACAUGGCUUCUAGACUAGAGAUCAAUUUUGUUAGAUUAUUGUCUCGCUGUGAAACCAUGGCGUCGGAAAAACGAGGAGAGGCUGAAUGGAGACUGGAGAAGUACGUUGCAGCCCUGGUGGACAUGUUGGUGGCUCUGAGGAAAAGCCCAAGCAAACCGACACAAGAGAUCCUGACUGAAUACACAAGAAAAGUCGAUUUUCUAAAAGGACUUUUAGAGGCAGAGAAACUGGCAUCACCAACAGAGAAGGCCUUAGCCAAUCAGUUCCUCGCUCCGGGUCGUACACCGACAAUAGCCAAUGAGAGGAUGCCAGCCACUAAAACCGUCCACAUUCAGUCGAAGGCGCGAUGUACAGGGGAGAUGAGAGACGAACUGCUCGGCACGCGGACGUUGGUCAAAGCAGAUGGAGACCUGAGAAAUAGAAGAGUUCUUCCUCUGGACGAGCGGCAGUCUGCGGCCGAGCUGGACGCAGUCCUGCAACACCACCACAACCUGCAGGAGAAGCUGGCAGAGGACAUGCUCAACUUGGCCAGAAAUCUCAAAAACAACACUCUGGCUGCUCAGAACAUCAUCAAGCAGGACAAUCAGACUCUGAGUCAGUCCAUGCGUCAAGCCGACCUGAACUUUGAGAAGCUGAAGACGGAGUCGGAGCGCCUGGAGCAACACGCCAAGAAGUCCGUCAACUGGCUGCUGUGGCUGAUGCUCAUCCUGGUCUCCUUCACCUUCAUCAGCAUGAUCCUCUUCAUCAGAAUCUUCCCCAGGCUCAGAUGAUGACGGGCCGGGCCCAGCCCUGUACUCUCAGUCUCCUCUGGUUGCCCCGGCAGCUGAUCGUGUGGGCUCCCCGAGUCUGUGAUGCAGAUCAGCUGUGAGAGGACUGAACCAAGCCGGUUAAACAGACAGACAUUUCUGAGAGCUCGAAAGCGGAGGAGCAGCCGUCAGCCGUCCGCUCUCAGCUGAGCCGGAUCAACUCAGUUGAAGCUGUUGGAGUCAAAUGUUGACUCAUUUAGUUCAAGACAUUCUUAUUUAUAGAUGUUUCAGCCCAGUUUAGUGUUUGCUGCCUUCUAAACUCUUAAUAACUGGUGGAUGACGAGCUAAUCAGACGUAAUAAUGGAAUGAACUAAAAGCUUCUAUAGAGGGCGUCAGCUUCCAGCCACAGAUCUGAUAACCGACUGGACGAUCCAUUUAUAAAAGACACUAAUUGUUAAAGAUGUCCGAAUAUUCUCUAUUCUUUUUGCUGAAUUGAUUUACCUCCGUCGUCAGUCCAGAGCGUUGUUCGUGUUUUCUGUUUGAGUCUGGUUUAGUGAUGACUUUUGAGGCUGCAGCUGUUGAUGAAGUAAGUUUGUGUUAGUAAAGAUUUGCUGCGUGUCGA